UAUCUGGCUGGAGCGGGAGAGAAAUAAAGAGUUUUUUUGGGCUACGGCGGUGGCUUCGCUUUUGGUUUCAGUCUCGAAUCGUACUUGUUGCUGCGCAGACGCAAAUCGGUCGGAACGGAACGGAACGUAUAGAUCCUCGAUCGCAGAAAACAACAAUCUUUGCUCUCGAUCGGAUCGUGGCGAUUGCUAAUUUGCCUUGCCCAUCGUGCUAAUCGAGGAAAAAUACAAAUACCCCAUAAUACACAUAAGAAAUCGGUGAAAUCCGUGAUAUCGGCUAUUAGUGCAAAAAAAAAGAAACAAGUGCUCCGGCAUUAUAGUAUACGUUAUUUUGUGAAUUCCCCGCUAAUUGGCCAGCCAAGAGUGCCAGAGUGCCAGGCCAACCACCCAUCCAUCAAAAUCGUUUUGCGGUGGCAAUUGUGUUAUAUUUUUUGUGCAAAUUAAACAAAUAAAAUAGUAAAGAUAAAGGGAAAAGUUAAAGAAAAGUAGCCACAAUUGCUUAGAGCUGCGCCUGCGCGCGCUCCUUAACCUCAAAGUCUCCGGACGACAAGAAGCUGAAUAAAAAAUGUACAAAAAAGCCUUCGGACGACUCUUGUGGCUCGUAAUGUGAAACUGGUUCCAAACAAACACACACACACACUUCGGCCAUAGCCACACACACUCCGGCAUAAACCCACUCGAAAACACACACACCGUGAAAUGUAAACACCAACACAGUGGCGAAUUGCAACGACAACAGCUUAAAAAAAUACAAAACCAAACAAAAAACGCAGCGAAAGAGUUGAAAUAAAAUUUAUGAAAAAGUUUUUAUUUUUGGCACGCAAAGCUGACCGAGCAAAAAAAAAAGAUAUAAAGUAAAGUUCGCAGAUAUAAAGUGAAAUAUAUAAGAGCCAAAGAUAACCCUAUGACGUCAGGGGUUAUAGCUCGGAGCAGGGCUUGAUUGGAGACCCCCAGAAAGCUUGGCUUUACCAACAGAAGCACCCACCAAAUCGAAUCCCAGAAACAGCAUGCUGUUACGGCGGCGCAACGGCCUAGGCCUGCCCCUGGUACUCCUGCUUUUGGCCCAAAUCAUCUGCCGUUGGCCCGCUUCGGCGGCCCGUGAUCGCUAUGCCCGCCAAAACAAUCGCCAGCGACACCAGGACUCGGAGAGGGAUCGUUACCGCUACACCAGCUCCUCCUCCUCGAAGGAUCGGUCCAGAGGAGGCGGUGGCGGCAGCGGCGGAGGAGGAGGAGCCGUUCAUGUCGGUCAUGGCACUAACUUUGCCCUAGGCCUGGGACCCGGUGGCGUGACUAUUGCCAAGCCCCUCGACGAGCAGAAGUCCAACAAAUUUGUAAAUGGAAAAAUUUGCAUCGGAACCAAGUCGAGACUGUCGGUGCCCUCGAAUAAGGAGCAUCACUAUAGGAAUCUGGUCGAUCGGUAUACGAACUGUACCUACGUGGAUGGCAACCUGGAGCUGACCUGGCUGCCCAACGAGAAUCUGAAUCUGAGCUUCCUGGAGAACAUCCGGGAGGUUACCGGCUACAUUCUGAUCAGUCAUGUGGACGUCAAGCACGUGAAGUUCCCAAAACUGCAAAUCAUUCGAGGUCGUACCUUGUUCAGUUUGGCCGUGGAGGAGGAGAAGUAUGCUCUGUUCGUCACCUACUCCAAGAUGUACACUCUGGAGAUGCCCGAUCUCCGGGAUGUCCUCAACGGCGAGGUGGGCUUCCACAACAACUACAAUCUCUGCCACAUGCGCUCCAUUCAGUGGAACGAGAUCCUGACGAACAAUGCCAACGUGACCUACAACUAUAACUUCACGGCACCGGAGCGUCAGUGUCCCAAGUGCCACGAGUCCUGCUCGAAGGGCUGCUGGGGCGAAGGACCCAUCAACUGCCAGAAGUUCAGCAAGCUCACCUGCUCGCCCCAGUGCGCCCAGGGUCGUUGCUUUGGUCCACGACCCCGGGAGUGCUGCCACCUGUUUUGCGCCGGCGGCUGCGUCGGUCCCACGCAAAAGGAUUGCAUCGCCUGCAAGAACUUCUACGACGAGGGCGUCUGCAAGGAGGAAUGCCCGCCCAUGCGCAAGUACAAUCCCACAUCCUACGAACUGGAAGCGAAUCCCGAGGGCAAGUACGCCUAUGGAGCCACUUGUGUCAAGGAGUGUCCCGGCCAUUUGCUGAGGGAUAAUGGUGCUUGUGUGCGCAGCUGUCCCCAGGACAAGAUGGCCAAGGAAGGCGAGUGUGUGCCCUGCAACGGGCCAUGCCCAAAAACUUGCCCCGGCGUGUCAACCCUUCACUCCGGAAACAUUGACUCCUUCCGCAAUUGUACGGUUAUCGAUGGAAACAUUCGCAUUUUGGAUCAGACCUUCUCCGGCUACCAGGACAUCUAUUUAAACUAUACAAUGGGUCCGCGUUAUAUCCCCUUGGAUCCUGAGCGCCUGGAGGUGUUCUCGACCGUUAAGGAGAUCACUGGCUAUCUGAACAUUGAGGGCAUCCACCCGAGGUUCAAGAAUCUGUCGUACUUCCGCAAUCUGGAGAUCAUCCAUGGACGCCAGCUGAUGGAGAGCCUGUUCGCCUCCCUUUCUAUCGUGAAGUCGUCUCUCUACAGUCUGGAGUUGCGCAACCUGAAGAGGAUUAGCGCCGGCAGUGUGGUCAUCCAGCACAAUCGAGAUCUGUGCUAUGUGAACAACAUUCGUUGGUCGGCGAUCCAGAAGUCGCAAGAGUCCAAGGAGUGGAUUAACGAGAACCUCCGAGCUGAUCUGUGUGAGAAAAAUGGAACUGUUUGCUCGGAUCAGUGCAAUGAGGAUGGCUGCUGGGGAGCCGGUCCAGAUCAGUGUCUCAACUGCAAGAACUUUAACUACAGUGGCACCUGUAUUGCCGAUUGCCGUAAUAUAUCCAAUGCUUACCGACACGAUUCAAAGACUUGCCGUAUAUGCCACGAGGAGUGCAAGACUUGCUCCGGUCCCGGCGCGGAGGACUGUGACGAAUGUGUCCAUGUGAGAGACGAGCAGCACUGUGUUUCCGAGUGUCCCGAGAACAAGUACAGCGACAAUGGCAUCUGCCGCAAGUGCCACGCCACCUGCGAAGGCUGCACAGGGCCCAAGGAUACCAUAGGUCUGGGAGGAUGUACGAGCUGCAACCUGGCGAUCAUCAACAACGAUGCCACUGUAGAGCGCUGCCUGCUGAAGGAUGACAAGUGCCCGGACGGCUACUACUGGGAGUACGUGCAUCCGCAGGAGCAGGGCACGCUGAAACCUCUAGCCGGAAAGGCCGUUUGCCGAAAGUGCCAUCCCCGCUGCGAGCUCUGCACCAACUAUGGCUUCCACGAGAAGGUCUGCUCCAAGUGCACGGGUUACAAGCGGCGAGAACAGUGCGAGGACGAGUGCCCGGUGGAUCACUACACGGACGAAGAGCGACGGGAGUGCUUCGAAUGCCAUCCGGAGUGCAAGGGCUGCACGGGUCCGGGUGUGGAGGACUGCCUGGCCUGCCGCAACUUCAAGCUAUUCGAUACCAACGAGACCGGUCCCUAUGAGAACUCCACCAUGUUCAACUGCACCUCAAAGUGUCCCCCGGAAUUCCGUCAUGUCAACUACCAAUCCUUGUCGAUCGGACCCUACUGCGUCUCCAGUCCUCCGCGAAGCAGCAAGAUGACCGCCGGCCUGGAUGUCAACAUGAUCUUCAUCAUCACUGGGGCUGUCCUCACGCCCACCAUCUGCAUUCUGUGCGUCGUCACCUACAUCUGCCGCCAGAAACAGAAGGCCAAGAAGGAGACUGUGAAAAUGACCAUGGCCCUGUCCGGCUGCGAAGAUUCGGAGCCGCUGCGACCCUCGAAUAUUGGCGCGAAUCUCUGCAAGCUGAGGAUUGUGAAGGAUGCUGAGUUGCGGAAAGGAGGCGUCCUCGGAAUGGGAGCCUUCGGCCGUGUGUACAAAGGUGUCUGGGUGCCGGAAGGCGAAAACGUCAAGAUUCCGGUGGCCAUCAAGGAGCUGCUCAAGUCCACGGGCGCCGAAUCCAGCGAGGAGUUCCUCCGAGAGGCCUACAUCAUGGCCUCUGUGGAGCAUGGCAAUCUUCUCAAGCUCCUGGCUGUGUGCAUGUCCUCGCAAAUGAUGCUGAUCACCCAACUGAUGCCGCUCGGCUGCCUGCUGGACUAUGUUCGGAACAAUCGGGACAAGAUCGGAUCCAAGGCCCUGCUGAACUGGUCCACGCAAAUUGCCAAGGGCAUGUCCUACCUGGAGGAGAAGCGACUGGUUCACCGCGAUCUGGCUGCCCGCAACGUGCUUGUCCAGACACCCUCCCUGGUCAAGAUCACCGACUUUGGCCUGGCCAAGUUGCUCAGCAGCGAUUCCAACGAGUACAAGGCGGCCGGUGGCAAGAUGCCCAUCAAAUGGCUAGCCCUGGAAUGUAUCCGCAAUCGGGUCUUCACCAGCAAGUCGGAUGUGUGGGCCUUUGGUGUCACUAUCUGGGAACUGUUGACCUUUGGCCAGAGGCCGCACGAGAACAUACCCGCCAAGGACAUCCCCGACCUGAUUGAAGUUGGCCUAAAGCUGGAACAGCCGGAGAUGUGCUCUCUGGACAUCUAUUGCACCCUGCUCUCCUGCUGGCACUUGGAUGCCGCCAUGCGACCCACUUUCAAGCAACUGACCACGGUAUUUGCGGAGUUUGCCCGCGAUCCAGGUCGCUAUCUGGCGAUACCCGGCGACAAGUUCACCCGCCUGCCGGCAUAUACGAGUCAGGACGAAAAGGAUCUCAUUCGGCGAUUGGCGCCCAUGACAGAUGGCUCCGAGGCGAUGAUCGAGGCCGAUGACUAUCUGCAGCCCAAGGCUAUGCCGGGUCCCAGUCACCGCACCGACGGCACCGAUGAGAUACCGAAGCUGAAUCGCUACUGCAAGGAUCCCAGCAACAAGAACUCGAGCGGCGGCGACGACCAGACCGACUCCAGUGGCCGGGAGGUGGGUGUGGGAAAUCUGCGCCUGGAUCUGCCGGUCGACGAGGAUGACUACCUGAUGCCAACGGGUCAGGGAGCCGGACCCAACAACAACAAUAACACAAAUAAUCCCAACAAUAACAUGGCCGCUGCGGGUGCCACCGCCGGCUACAUGGAUCUCAUCGGAGUGCCCGUGAGCGUGGACAAUCCGGAGUAUCUGCUGAAUGCGCAGACCCUGGGCACAGACAUGGCGGCGCCCAUACCAACACAGACUAUUGGCAUUCCGGUGAUGGGUGUGCCGGGGACGCUGGAGGUCAAGGUACCGAUGCCAGGCAGCGAACCGACCAGCUCCGAUCAUGAGUACUACAAUGAUACCCAGAGGGAACUGCAGCCUCUGCACCGGAACCGGAACACGGAGACGAGGGUGUAGCCACCACCCGGCCUGCAGCUCGAACUUCAGCGGGAUCUUGCCACACAACAGCCAAGUGCCUUUGGAAGCCAUACGGAUCAAGAGGAUGGGAUAUCUUCAGUCUUUGAGAUAGAAGCACCCAGACCUGAUCCGUAGAAUUGUAUAUUACUAUCCGAUAUUACUCUCUAGUGUACUUAGCCAGUCUUUCUACUCCACUACUAUGUGUAUACUUCUCUGUCCUAGCCUCUAGAUGAUGAGUAGUAGUCAGCAGGAUCGCACUCGCGCAUCCUGCGCCUGUAGAUUCCAUGUAAUUACGAGAACAAAACACCGAUAGUGCAUUUCUUAGACGUUUCCGGUUUAGGAGCCAGCCAUGAUCCCCUGAUCUCCUCAGCCGGGAUCGGCUCGACCGGAGGGCGCACACUAAGCUAACAACCUACAUAUUUCUAGUUCAUUCAACUGCAUCAAAAUAACCUUCUCUAUUUGUACUUUAGCCGUAGAAUCGUAGUGCCUAGUUUCCAACUGUGAUAUAUUUAUAGGAAUCGACCAUAAGGACUUCUUUUUCAAACAAACGAUGAACAAAUCGAACGACUCGACACUCGAAAGAUAAAUACAAAAUAGUAGAAAUAGCCAGAUACCGAUCUUAUGCAAUUUUAGGCCUAGUUUAAAAAUCCCAUUCGAUAUCAAAACUUUGACUAACCGGAAAUCAAAUCCCGAGCGUGCCAUGCAUCGAUCGAUGCAAUUCUCCUAAAGAUUUCGAAUAUUUUGUUGGCACACUAGCGUGUAAGUGAAAGUCUAGGCGAUAUGUUACUGAUCAAAGAUAUAUAAGUAAUCCCCACAAAAACACAUAUAUGUAACUCUAAUAUACAACAUACAUGUCUACUUAUUUGCCAAGUGCGGUUAUGCAUAAACAAAAAUAUGUUAAUUUAAUUUAAAUUAGGCUAUUUACGUAUACACGAAUAUAUAUAAAAUAAAAUUAUUUUCAAUAAAUA